AUGAACUCGCCGCCAAACUCCAUCUUGGGCCAAUCCAAUGGCCAACCAACAUCGGCCUCACCAAAGAAGAACACCUCGAGGUCGGCCAACGACUGUGAACGAACUGCGAGCAUGUCGCCCGAAGAUGGCGACGACAGCACAGUCCAGUCGAGACAGAACAAUCGCCCCUUCAGUCCCCCCUCUCCGUCCUCGUCAACCUCUCCCCUCGCCGUCGGAUCAACGCAUGAAGCCGCCUUAAUAAAGAGCAUCGAACGAGGCGACUAUGCUCCCAACGACCUCGACGAGACCCGCAGCCUUACCGAUAGCAUUCGACAGCAUAUUGUGGACGGCGGCCUGCGCUACCAUGCCUACCAUGCAGGGAAGUACCUGUUUCCCAACGACGAGGCUGAGCAGGAUCGAGAGGAGCUGAAGCACAAUUUGACGGUGUAUUUGUGCGACGGCCAAAUGUUCUUUGCGCCUAUAGAACAUUUGUUAGAAGAGGGCGCUGAAGUAUUGGAUCUGGGCACGGGAAUAGGCAAAUGGUGUAUCGACCUCGCCGACAACUAUCCCAAUUCGCAAUUUCACGGCAUGGAUCUCUCGCCGAUUCAACCCGACUGGGUCCCAGAGAAUGCCAUCUUUGUCGUCGACGACAUUGAGCACGAGGGCGGCUGGACGUACCCAGAGGAAAAGUUUGACUACAUCCACAUUCGCCACACAAUCCACUCUGUCAGGGACAGGCCCUUGCUCUGGGACCGCAUCUACCAACACCUUAAACCCGGGGGCUAUGUCGAAAUCCAAGAGUUCCACUACAUAGCAGCCUGCGAUGACGAUUCUUGCGAUGGCCCCUAUGCCUGGAGGGAUUUCCUUCGGUUCCUACAGGAGGGCAUGGCGGCUCUAGGCACUGACAUCCACGGCAUCCAGUACGUCGAGGGCGAGCUCUCAGAGGCAGGCUUUGAGAGCGUCACGAGGAAGAACUUCAAGUGCCCCGUGGGACCGUGGCCCAAGAAGGCACGGCUCCAGGAGUGCGGGCAUGUUCUGCGCGAUGUUUGCAUGUGGGGUCUCGUGGGUUUGUCUCGGAGGCCAUUCCGCGACGGUCUCAAAUGGACCAUGAUCCAGAUCGAGAUGUUUCUGAUAGAGGUUCGCAAGGCCCUCACCGAAGAGGUCAAUGGUCUUCCCAAGUACCACACCUACUAUCCCUUCCACAGCAUCUACGCGCGAAAGCCUCUGAACCCCUCUUCAACGGAAGCGCCGCGGAGGACACCAGCCGCCGAAGAAAGCGCCGAAGAGGCAUGA